GCGAGAUACAUGGCAAACGUGAUCCCUGUUUUAUUGUCGUUUUGCGGUGCGAGAGAGUGAGUGUGUGUGCGUGUGUGAGUUAGUUAGUUAGUGUGUGUGCGCGUGCGUGCGUGCGUGCGUGCGUGCGUGCGUGUGAGUGAGUGAGUGAGUAAGUAAGUGUGAGUGAGUGUGUGUGUGUAUGAGAGUAACGGAAUGGCUACGUCGAGGAAACACACAGUGCCUACUGAAGACUGCAAGAGUAACUCAAACAAACGCCUGAGGUUAGAGGAUAAGAGACACAUCGCUGCUGUAAUUCUGGCCCGAGGAGGAAGUAAAGGAAUCCCUCUGAAGAACAUCAAGCUCCUUGCUGGAGUUCCGCUCAUCGGCUGGGUGAUACGAGCUGCUAUAGACUCUGAGAUGUUUGACAGUAUCUGGGUGUCCACGGACCAUGACGAGAUCGAGAGGGUGGCAAAAAACUGGGGGGCCCAGAUACACAGACGGAGUCCAGAAGUCUCUAAAGACACUUCGACAUCAUUGGAAACACUACAAGAGUUUUCCAGACUUAACCCAGAUGUGGAUAUCAUCUGUAACAUCCAGGCCACAUCACCGUGCCUUCACCCACACCACCUGAAACAGGCUGUGGAAAUGAUGACCAAGCAAGGCUAUGAAUCGGUCUUCUCCGUCGUCCGCCGACACCAUUUCCGCUGGCAAGAGGAAAAAAAAGGAGCAGCCAAAAGCACUAGGGCUCUGAACCUGGACCCAUCCAAAAGACCCCGUCGUCAAGACUGGGAUGGAGAACUGUGUGAAAAUGGAUCCUUUUACUUUGCCACCAAAGAGCUUGUAAACCAAGGACUCCUGCAGGGAGGGAAAACUACUUACUUCGAGAUGCUACCAGAGUAUAGCGUUGAUAUUGAUGUUGACAUUGACUGGCCCGUAGCAGAACAGAGGGUACUCAGGUUUGGUUACUUUGGCAAGGAUAAUCCAGAGCUGGUGCGCUUGCUCCUGUGCAACCUGUCAGGCUGCUUGACCGAUGGCCAAAUCUAUUUGUCUGCAGCCGGAGAGGAGAUGCUCUCUAUUAAUACCAGAGACCUGACUGGCAUCCGCAUGCUACAGGAAGAAGGAGUGGAGGUGAUCCUUAUAUCAUCCAGUGACAACCCGGUCCCUGAUGUGUUUGCAGAGAAGCUGAAACAGAAAACAGGUUGUGAAGUGAGGCAUCUGAAAGAGGAAAAGCAAGUAGAACUGGAGAGACUGUUGAAAGAGAAGGAGCUUGUGUGGAAAGAGGUGGCCUACAUAGGUAAUGAUGUGCCAGAUGUGGACUGCCUGAACCUGGCUGGUCUGAGCGCAGUGCCCUUGGAUGUCCCCAUGGUGGUUCUUAAUGCGGCUAAAUACCCGUGCCAGAGAGCAGCAGGACACGGGGCUCUUCGGGAGUUUAUUGAGCACAUUCUACUGAUGAAGAAGGGGGCCAUGUUUCAGAAAGCCAAGGAUCAAUAGGAAAAAGAUUCUGAUCUAAAGAGAUGUUUUUAAUUUGAGGAACCUUUUUAAGCAUGGAUCAAGGUCCAGCUGUGGCCUAGGAUCUCAAGCUAUGUUUCAGACUUGAUUGUUGAUCAAAUGUAAAAUAGCUUGCUGUGAUGGUUAGAAUGAAGUUAAGACUCUGGUGCUGAUGAAGUACCUUUUUUUGUUGAUUUAGAUUAAACAGUGAUUUAGAUUAACAAAGUGAUUAGACUGAAUAAUCAAUCCAAAGACCUUUCAAGUGUUCUAGUCCUGCUUUAACCUCAGCAUGCACUAGAGGGCAAUCUUGCAUAUAAAAUUACCUCAUAGGGUGAAUUUAAACCUGUAAUCGUUCUUGUUUAGCCAUGAAUUGCUGAAUACAGUGCAUACUUUACACCAUGACAUUUUGGCAGAAACAUUCUGAAAAUUAAAUGUUUUCAUGAUAACACAUGAACAUGUCACUGAUUAGUGGACUACGAAAUAGAAGAAUAAGCUGUCGUAUGUUUUAUAAAUGAGACAUUUCCCACCUUACUGUACAGUACAUAAUUAUUAGGGUGGCUGGAAAAUGUUUUAGAAAAUACAUGUUUUCAUGACUUGAUUACAUGAUUUGAUGCAGGAAAUCACAACUGGUUAAACUGAAGAAAAUUCGGUUCUCGACAAAAUAAUCUGUUAUAUUCAAGAUUUAGAAUACAAAAAAGAUUUUUGAAGCUUAGUGCAAAACUGGAUCCCAGCUGCACAGCACCUCAAAAUAUUGGCCUUUGUGCUAAAAUAAUAUCUAAUAAGAAAUGAAUCUUAAUUAAACAUAUUUUAUAUAUAUAUACAUAUAUAUCAUCCUGGAAAUAUUUCUCUGGUCAUGUUCCUAGCAGGGAGUGUGGCUGUCUCAUAUGCCUAUGAUGUGUAUAUAUACACACACACACAUGGUGUUUGUGUUUUUAGUCGACCCAUGUAAAAUCUUCGGAUAUUUAAGGAAAUAUAAUUUCUACAGAGAGUUGGGUAUAUACACAGAAGAGAUUACAGUAAAAGGUUAAGGCCUGAAAACUGCAUGCUGCUUAAAAUAUAGUUACUUCAGUAAAUCCCUCUGUAUAACCCCAUGACAAUUUGAUCAUGUGCAAUACUGUCUCUUGAAAUCUUUCUUCUUUGAUAAGGGAUUUUUAAGAACAGCAUUAAUGACAGCUCAUGAUGGCUGUGGGAGGGAAAGCCAUCAGCCUCAAUUGACUUGGUUUAUAUUUCUUCAUUUGCAAUUCUGAUUAAUCUCUUCACCUUGUGUGAGAGGGUGAACUCAAUUAACUCCCUCUGCUUGUGGUUCAGAGCAUCACUGUGUUCAUAACGCCUGCAUGCACCCCAACCUGUGGCGUGACGUUGCGUGUAGGAAAUGUGGGGAACGCGGUGGAACAAGUGAUUUUGUGCCCUGCACAUUUUCAGCCUGUGAAUGACAAAAUAAAUCUUUUUUUUGUACUGAA